AAUUGCUUUAGGGUUUCAUUUCCUUGAUCCAUUCCUGUCAAGAGCCUGCAUAUAUAUAGAUACAUAUAUAGAUAUAGAUAUAUAGAAAUAUAGAGUGAUUGGAAUUUGGGAAAUUUGUAAGUAUGUUAAAGAUUAUUAAAGGGAUGAAAAAGGGUUCGAAACCCGAAGUAAUCGAACCGCCACCGGGACCUAACGGUCCAUCUGAUGUCACUGUAAACCAUGCUUCGCGUUCGGCUAAUCCAAACGCGAAUGCUAACCCGACUGCAGCCCAGCUGACUAAUGUGAAGUCGCUGGCUAUUAGUCGAACGUCGCAGACGCAAAAUAGUGUGAUUGAGGUGACACCCAUGGUGAAAGACGUACCGGUAAACGAACGACACGUUUUGUUUAUCAAGAAAGUGAAUAUGUGUUCGGUGUCGUUUGAUUUUUCUGAUUCGUUGAAGAGGGUAGGAGAGAAAGAGAUAAAAAGACAGAAUUUACAAGAACUCGUGGAUUUAGUGCAGACGGGGUCGAGUAAAAUGAAUGAGAUUAUGCAACAAGAAAUGGUUAAUAUGAUAUCUGUUAAUAUAUUCCGGGCUUUGCCUCCUGCUGCAUUUGAAAAUACGGGUGCUAUUGAUGGUGACCCUGAAGAAGAUGACGUUUAUUUGGAACCCUCUUGGCCACAUUUGCAACUUGUUUAUGAAUUGCUUUUGAGAUACGUGGUUUCGCCUGAUACUGAUACUAAAGUAGCUAAGAAGUUUAUUGAUCAUUCGUUUGUGUUGAACUUGCUUGAUUUGUUUGAUUCAGAAGAUCCACGAGAGAGGGAGUAUUUGAAAACCAUACUUCAUCGAGUGUAUGGUAAAUUUAUGGUACACCGGCCAUUUAUCAGGAAGGCGAUAAAUAAUAUCUUUUAUAGGUUUAUAUUUGAAACCGAAAGGCAUCCUGGGCUUGGUGAAUUAUUAGAGAUUCAUGGAAGUAUAAUAAAUGGGUUUGCUGUCCCGAUGAAAGAAGAGCAUAAGUUGUUUCUUCUGCGGGCGCUUAUACCACUGCACAAAGCUAACUUUAUCAAUUAUUACCAUCAACAGUUAUCGUACUGUGUAACCCAAUUUGUGGAAAAAGAUUUCAAAUUGGCCGAUCUUGUUAUUAGAGGGUUAUUGAAAUACUGGCCUGUUACUAAUUGCACAAAGGAGAUUCUUUUUCUUGGAGAGUUGGAAGAAGUUCUGGACGCAACACAACCUGCAGAGUUCCAACGUUGCAUGGUUCCUCUAUUUCGAAGGAUUGGACGCUGCAUUAAUAGUCCCAAUUUCCAGGUUGCAGAACGGGCACUUUUCUUGUGGAACAACGAACAUAUUGUGGACUUGAUUGGACAGAAUCGUGAAGUCAUAUUACCCAUCCUCUUUGAACCGUUGGAGAAGAACAUUCAGGGUCAUUGGAACCAGGCCAUCAAUGGAUUAACUGGCAAUGUCAGAAAAAUGUUCAUUGAAAUGGAUGCAGACCUCUUUGAUGAGUGUAGUAAGCGGUUUUCUGAAAAACAAGCUAUGGUCGAUGAAAUGCUAAAGCAACGUGAAACGGCUUGGAAAAAACUCGAGGAAAUUGCAUUAGAGGCAGGAGGAGACGAUGAAGUUAUGAUUACUUGAUAAAGCAUUGAAGAACACUGAAAAGACUCCCACUUUACGUUUCCAUGUUUACUCAUUCUCCCAUUGAUUUUUUUGAUUUAAUCUCUUUGAAGUGUCGAAGUUUUUUAGGCCAUCGACUUGCUACCUGGACUUCUUGCUCAUUUCCGACAUUCAAAUGGGCAGAGGUACAAGAUGAUCUUCAGUCAUUAGUCUACAGUCUCAGAGCAUGACAAUUGCUCUUUUUUUCUUCCAUUUCUUCACAUAGAGUAGUUAUUAUCUGUUGUUAUGAUUACUGUUAUUUUGUUAUUGGGUUAAUAAUAAGUUAAAGCUGUAUGAUGUUAACAUCAUAGGGAACAAGUUCUUAAACUUUCUUAUACUGUGGUCAAAUGAACCGCAUAUCAUCUUUUUGGUUUGUGAAUAUGAAUUGCAUUAAUA